GCGGUGGCGCGGCCCAGGACAGCGGCCCCGGCUAGCGGUCCGGCGUGUCCGACCUCCCUUCGCCUCCUCACGCGGCUCUCCGACGCGGUCUCGGGCCCAGCGGGCAUAGCCCUGGCCAUGGACUCCCAGAAAGAAGCUUUACAAAGGAUCAUUUCAACUCUGGCAAAUAAAAAUGAUGAAAUUCAGAACUUUAUUGAUACACUAAAUCAAACACUAAAAGGAGUUCAGGAAAAUUCUUCUAACAUACUUUCAGAGCUAGAUGAAGAAUUUGAUAGUUUAUACUCUAUAUUGGAUGAAGUGAAAGAAAGUAUGAUUAAUAGUAUCAAGCAGGAACAAGCUCGUAAGUCACAAGAGUUACAGAGUCAGCUUAGUCAAUGUAAUAAUGCCCUGGAGAACUCUGAAGAACUGCUAGAAUUUGCAACACGGUCAUUAGAUAUAAAGGAGGCUGAAGAAUUUUCAAAGGCUGCCAGACAGAUCAAGGAUAGAGUAACAAUGGCUUCAGCCUUUCGCCUUUCUUUGAAACCAAAGGUCAGUGACAACAUGACUCAUUUAAUGGUGGAUUUUUCUCAGGAAAGACAGAUGUUGCAGACUUUGAAGUUUUUGCCAGUCCCCAAAGCUCCAGAGAUAGAUCCAGUAGAGUGUUUGGUGGCUGACAAUGCUGUAACAGUAGCUUGGAGAAUGCCAGAAGAAGAUAAUAAGAUUGAUCAUUUUAUACUGGAAUAUAGGAAAACUAAUUUUGAUGGACUUCCACGUGUAAAGGAUGAGCGAUGCUGGGACAUAAUUGAUAAUAUUAAGGGUACCGAAUAUACACUGUCAGGUUUAAGGUUUGAUUCAAAGUAUAUGAAUUUCAGAGUACGAGCUUGUAACAAAGCUGUGGCUGGAGAGUGUUCUGACCCAGUGACUCUGGAGACCAAAGCACUUAAUUUCAGUUUGGAUAGCUCAUCAUCCCAUUUGAACCUGAGAGUUGAAGAUACCUGUGUAGAGUGGGAUCCUACAGGAGGAAAAGGCCAAGAAAAUAAAGUUAAAGGAAAAGAGAACAAGGGCAGUGCCCAUGUUACUUCACUGAAGAAACAUACAAGAAGUGGGACACCAUCCCCCAAACGGACGUCUGUAGGCUCCAGGCCACCUGCAGUAAGAGGCAGCAGAGAUCGUUUUACUGGGGAAUCAUACACAGUGCUGGGAGACACUGCUAUUGAAAGCGGACAACAUUAUUGGGAGGUCAAGGCCCAGAAGGAUUGUAAAUCCUAUAGUGUGGGAGUAGCAUACAAGACUUUGGGGAAAUUUGACCAGUUAGGAAAAACAAACACUAGUUGGUGUAUUCAUGUCAACAACUGGCUACAAAACACAUUUGCAGCAAAGCAUAAUAACAAAGUCAAAGCCUUGGAUGUUACUGUUCCUGAGAGAAUAGGUGUAUUCUGUGAUUUUGAUGGGGGUCAACUUUCUUUCUAUGAUGCAAACUCAAAACAGUUGUUGUAUUCCUUUAAGACAAAAUUUACUCAGCCAGUACUACCUGGUUUCAUGGUUUGGUGUGGUGGACUUUCUUUGAGUACUGGGAUGCAGGUUCCAAGUGCUGUGAGAACACUUCAGAAAAGUGAAAACGGCAUGACUGGUUCAGCUAGCAGCCUAAACAUUGUUACUCAGUAAUGCCUACUCAGAAUGCUUCACCCCUCCUUCUGCUUGGGUGGUCUAAUCAUAGAAACUUGUGAGUGGUGGAAAUGAGGUUUGCUGCGUUCUGCUUUAAGGCCUGGAAUCUGUUAGCAUUAAGCAUCCAGUACCACGUAUUCAAAGGAACCUACUGUGCAAUGUCAUAGAAGCAAGCAGAGAUUGAGCAAGAAACUGAUAUUUUGAAGAGCAAAUGGAGAAAAAGGCAGUAUUUCAAUAGUUACUUGAAUAGAAACUCAUCUUUGUGUUUCUUGGAUUACUUUGGCUCUUAAUAUAUUUAGUUACAUAUGGUAGCCCUAGGGCCUGAAGAAAAAGCAUUUAAAUCUUGCCUUUUGUCUUUAUUUUUUUUUUCUCUUAUCACUGCAAAUCAUUUAGUUCUUACACUGAAGCUUUUAAAAAUAUACAGUCCUCUGAGGUUCCCAAAAAAAUAAAAUUGGUUGGGGAUUCUAGACAGGUUUUCUUACAAUGAUUUGUUUUCCCCCUGUUAUAAAUAAGUUGAGUUUUGCCAAAUUAUCCUCUUUUGUUUUAUUGACUAAAAUAUAUAUAAUUUUCAGUUUUCUAAAUGUCGUGGUAUUUUUCUUGUGGUUAUAACUCAGAAUAAAGAGUGGAUAGAAAGAGUUUCUAGACAUAAUAGCUUAAAAUCACCCAAAUUUCAGUGUUUUACCUGCUGCACUAACAAUAGCAAAGGAUAUUCUUUAUAUGUUGCCCUAUUUAAUUAGACUGCUUUUCAUUCCAUCGUUUUGGAUGAUGGGUACGAUUUUUAAAAGCUUUAUAUUUUCUGAUUUUGCUAUCUAGUUAACACUAUCUUUAGUAGUUAUCUUUGGUAAAAUUCCCACUUGGAUUUGGUAAUAACUGAUAAUACUUAUACUGAUUUUUAACAUUUUUAGUAGGAAGAAUGUUUAUUAAAGUUAUAUAGAAGGUGGAAAACCUACACUACUCAAAUUUUACCUAAGAAAGAUAGGCUCUAAAGGGAGGUGCCUAAAACUAUCCUUUACUGGUCAUUUAUAUAUGCUUUUGAUAAGAUAUGGAAUGGUUUAAACAAGUAUUUUUGGGGGAAAAAAUCUAUCUCUGACUUAUUUGGCAUAUAAGUUUUUCAGUCUUUACUUAGAAAAAAAUCAACAUAGAAUAAUCUUCCCCAAAGUUAGGAAAAAUGUGUUAACAACUAGUGAAACCCAUGGUUAUUGAGAGCAUAUCUGUUUUUUAAAAGUUGAUUAAAAUUUAUAACACAAAUCCUUUGAGCCAAACUGAAAGUUGUAAUUACAGUAGUAUUUAAGAAUUUCUUGAGUGUUUUAAAGAGAUCUGAAUUGGUAUGUUCCUUAAUUUUUGGAACAUUUUAACAUUCAUUCUCAUUUUAAGUAUGUUGUACUAUGACAACCUUCUUCCAAGAAGUGACCGACGUUGCUUACAUUACAGUUGCUAUCCACAGAAAGGCCUGCGGAAUAGGAAUAGCUCAUUCUUUCUUAAAUUUUAUGGCUUACUGAUAGGAUGUUUUGUUCAUUUUGAAACAAAUCUAAAUGAGGAAUUUUAUUUGAACUGGGUAUUGUUUUUACAGAGGUCAUUCAUAUCUGCACCAUUGUCUGAUCAUAUAUUUAAAAGUAUAAAGACUAUGAGGGAGUUUCGAGAAUGAAAUAUAUUAAUAGAUAUUCUUUUGAUUCUUCAAACAAAUAUAAUUUUGGUUUUUGUUUCUCCAAGAUUUCGAUAGAAAUUUUUGGAUGUUCUCUUUCCUAUAGCAGGUUAUCCAGGACCUGAGGAAACAGGAAGUUAUAAUUAUCUUCCACAGAGUCAAACCUGAAAACAGUAAUUUAGUGGUGGAGCUGCUUUUUGUGAACUGUUAUACAUGUAUAUUUUAGCAAAAAUGACACAGAAAAAGCCAGAAAUUCUUGUAUAAAAUUGUUUACUAUUAUGUCUUAUAUAAAUGUGUCUUCUCUUUAAUUCAGUGCCUUCUUCCUCUAAGGAUGCUCUUUUUUACUCCAUGUCCCAUAUCCCAUUCAGUGUCAACUGAUACUGAAGCCAGAGGCCAUUAUGUUAAACUGGUGAGGGCUUCUAUUGCAGGGGCAUGGGGAAAGGAGAUACUAAUCAGGGGCUGCUAGAGUGCAUAUGAUUCUUUCCUGUACUCAUGCCAUCAUUUGAAACCCGUCAUAGAAAAUUCUCUAAUUCUCAAUUGGAAAAUUCACUUGAAGUAAUACUAUUAUUCAGAAUAUGAAUCUGAGGUUUACUUACCUCUUACUGUGCUUCUUAAAGGUCUCUAAAAGAAAAGAGCAAAAUGUGUGGGGUUUUGGUUUAGUUGUUUAUAAGUUUAUUUGUGUUAAACUGGAGAAAAUUUGCCACCUUCAUUUUCACACUGGAGUAAAAUGAACUAUAGUGCCUAAUUAAAUAGUCUCAAAUUAAUGUAACUAUUUCAACUUGACUAUAUAUAUAUAUAUAUAUGUCAUUGACAUUUAAAUUAAAAAUAUUGAGCUCUUUUGCUCAAUUUAAUACAUUGUGUUUAGUUGGUAUACCCUUUCAAACAUUCUUUAUUGGUUUAUUUACUCUUUGUUUUGAUAGGUCAAACAUGAUUGCUUUCUGUAAAAGAAAUGCAUGAGAGGUUGACAGUAAUGGAUGUAUCACAGGUCUAAAACAAUUGUGUUUUAUAAAAACAUGCUUUUAGUAUUAUAUUUCUCUUUUAGCAGUUGAAUCCCAAACCAGUUUUAGUAAAUUGGAUAAAGAAAUGAAGGAAUUGCCUUAAGCACUUUAGAAAUCUUUUAUAAUUCAUUUUGAUUCUUUGGGCUGACCAUGUAACAUACAUCUUUAAUUUUUGGUAAAUAUGUAUAUACCAAACAUUUAAUGACUGCACAUAGAAAUUUAAUAUACAGUGAUUCUUUGAAUGUUCCCAGUGUAGGUAAACAAAUGGGAAAUAUUAGAGGCAUGCCUGUCUGUACAUGGGUUUAAUUGAUGGCAUGUGUACCGUUAUGACAAACAGUGAACUGCUGCUGUACAGCUAAACUUGGCCUACUUUGUUCUAUAAACAGUUUUUCCCGUGUUAUCAUCAAAAGAAACAUAUUGGCUUAGUUUUAUUGACUCAUUUAUGAAAUUAAAACAUGAACAAUAUCAUGUAUCAUUUGAAUUUUUGUGACUUUCAUGACUUACCUAGAAUGAUUUUUUUCCUAUAUACUUUUUCCAUAAAGUUAUCGUUAUUUAUAUUGUUUGUUUCUUUCGGAAACAUAGGUUAACAAUUGGAAAAGGAUAUUAUGAAAAGUGAUUACUUCAAAGAGUACUCAUUCAGAAGAGGAAAGUGUAGACUUCUUACUAUAAAUUAUGUGGUUCCAGGCUGAAAAAUCUAAGAACUAUAUUUUCAAAUCAUAACAAUUCUUUUUCAGAAAGCUUAUAUUUAUUAGAUCAGUGUUCAUUCUUUGGCUAAGAAUACCACAAUUAUUUUAAGUCUGUGAUGUGGCAGUCAUACUUUGUAUUCAGAUUUCCAAAAUUAAUGAAGUUUGAUUUACUGUGCAUAUAGUUUUGCUGCUUUUGGGUAGUGUAAUGACAAAGUUUGCAUCUUAAAAAUCAGAAAUUUUAAAAGGUAAAUGUGUUAUAGUUUGUUAAAAAAUUCAAAUUUUGAUAAGCACAUUACACAUAAUAUGUUCAUUUUUAUGUAAUCACAUAAAAUAGAUCUGUAAAAGUUUCUCCCUUGAUUUUAUCUUUACACUGGAUAUAUUCUUUUAGGGAAGUGAAUGGUCAGCAUAAGUUUACUCAACAUCCAAGUAACCAUAAAGUAAUUUGUUAUUUUUAAACAAAAUGUACAUUUCAUAAUGCCAGUGCUAGAGCAUUAUGAGAUCGUGAAUGUUUCUUUAAUCAUCACAGAAAGCAUACCUCAUGUUCAGUGUAGUUUUAGUUGUUUGUAUUUUACAGUAUUCACAUUAUGCCAAUAUCUGUGAUCCUGAUAUGUCACCUGUGAUAGCUUUGUUACUUGGAAUAUUUGAUUAAUGCAAAUACUUUAGUUUUUUUGGAGUAAUUUGGAGUUAAACAGAUUACAUUUAUUAUAUUUUGUUUUUGCUGAAAAGAUAGUGUUGGGCAUACCAUAUAAAGGUUAGUAUUGGCUUAUAAAUACCAGAGAUUGCCAUAGUACUUUCUCCUCAGACUACUCAAUUAAAUUAAAACAGUAUUUACUAUUUCUGGGUCAAUAUAAGGUAAUAACUUUUGAUUUAUACCAUUUGAGCUAUGUUAGUUUAAACUAUAUAUUUUCUUAAUGGCACCCAUUCAGUAAAAGCUGGUCCUUUGGAAUAGACAUACAUAAGAUUUCACAGUAUGUAGGGCAGAAGGUAGGUGAAUGUGUUCACUUUGGCUUGGAGCUUAAGUUUAGACCUUUUUUUAAGUCAAAAUGUAAGUAAUUGGUAAAAGGCAUUUCUAUUCGUAUUGGAACUUUUUGGAGAGCCUAAGGCUCUGAGAAUAAUGCAUUUUGCUUUUGUUUUUUUGUUUAACCUUCCCAAUAUCUCUUAGGUACCAAAGCACUGAGUCUAGUUUACCUUUUAAGGGAGACUCUUUAAAAUCAAAUUUAUACCUAACUCAUACUGUAAGAUAAAUAAUAGCUAAAGUUUUAAAGUAAUUUAUAUUAAAAACCACUAGUCUUUAAAAUUUCUCAAUAUAAAAACAUUUGGCUUCAUUUUUUAAAAAGUAUUUAAAAUUAAUCACCUUAGCUCUACCAUACACUAGAUCUAUAUCCUCUAUAUAAAUCAUUUCUCAUCUUUGGGCAUCCAUUGCCUUACAUCUCACUCAGCCUACCUCACAGGGCUGUUGUGAGGAACAAAAUGAAAUGGAGUAUAUGAAAUUGCUUCAACAACAGUAAAAUGCUACAUAAAUGUAAGGGAUUAUUUUCAGUAAAUAAUGGAUUUAAAUGUUUGGAUAUUUCUAGAUGCCAUUUACUUUGAUAAAGCAUGUGCUUAAAGUGGUAUCACUAGGACUUUAAACAUGAUUUAAAAAAAAAAAAACCCUGACUACAGUGCCCUUUAACAUUCUUUCGUUUGCAUGAUGUGGCCUUUUUGUAUUUUCUCCUUAGGCCUGUACUCUGUAUCAACUCUCUAUAACUGUAAAAUGUCUCCCACAGCAUUAGUGUGUGUUGCUGUAGAAUAGUAGCAUAAAUAAAUGAUCUAAGCUAUGUUUCCAUCCAGGCAUUUGCACUUUCAGUUUAUGACUCUUCAGUGCCACGUAUGCAAAGACUGAAUUUGGCCUAAGUAAGUAUUUCCAAGCAACCAAAUGGUUAAAGUUUGUUGUCAUUGGAUAAAUGAUUUAAGGUGUAUGUGCCCAUUUAACAUUAGACUUUUGUUGCAUUGUCAUUAAAACAACAACAACAUGAACCUGGAUAUCAUUUAGUGUCUCUCCUAAGAAAAAUUGUUUUGCUUUAAAUUGGAUUUAUUAAAUGGUUUACAUGUUAUCUUUAUUUAUAGACUAUUUGGUAUGUUAUCAUCUGGACAUGGUUUUGCUAUGCAGUUCUGAUAAUCAAAAUCCUAAUUCCUCAGGUUAAAAUUUUAAGUUGUGGAUGAAAAACAUGAACUACUUAUAAUACACUCAGUGCUGCAAACUAGUGUUUUAAAACACAUAUUGCCUCAUUUUCCUUGGAAACAAGACAAAGCCUUUUAAAUGGUUUUUAACUUUAAAAUGGUGUAUUCAAAGUGGAGUAAUUUGUACGUUGAAAUGAUUGUGUGCUCUGUGUAGAAUGACCAAGUUAAAUUCUUAGAAAAGCACCUGGAAUAUCUCAUCUAAAAAUUAAACUUCUUUUUCUGCUUUC